AUGCAUGUUCUCUCGACAUUCCUGCCCAUCCUGGGCCUGCUCUCCCACGUAUCAUCGGCAGCAUACACCCUACGCGAUGACUACGGUACCUCGAACUCGUUCUUCGACAAGUUCAAAUUCUACACCGACCCCGACCCUACCAAUGGCUUCGUGAACUACGUCGAUCGUAACACCGCCUCAGCCGACGGCCUCAUCAACACAGGCGACGGCGUCUACAUCGGCGUCGACCACUCCAACACCGCCGCCGCGCCUGGUCGCAAGAGCAUCCGCCUGGAGAGUACCGCCACUUACCAACAUGGUCUUGUUAUCCUCGAUCUGGCCCAUAUGCCCGGCAGUGUAUGCGGCAGCUGGCCCGCCUUCUGGAUGCUCGGCACAAACUGGCCCAACAACGGCGAAAUCGACAUAAUCGAAGGCGUAAACGAACAAUCCACAAACCAAAUGGCCCUACACACAGCCGACGGCUGCACAAUCACUAACACCGGUUUCACUGGAACCAUCGAUACACCAAACUGCUACGUCAACGCCUCAGGUCAAGCACAAAACAGCGGCUGCUCAAUUCGAAGCGAAAACAGCCAAUCCUACGGUACAGGCUUUAACGGCGCAGGCGGCGGCGUCUACGCAACUGAAUGGACUGGAUCUGCCAUUUCAAUCUGGUUCUUCCCUUCCUACGCCGUGCCGGGCGAUAUCGCAUCUGGUAACCCUAACCCGGCGGGGUGGGAUGCACCCACGGCUCGCUUUGCGGGAGGCUGUGAUAUCGAUUCGCAUUUCAAUGAUCUGCAGAUUGUCUUUGAUAUUACUUUCUGUGGAGACUGGGCGGGCUCGGUUUGGGGCUCGUCGAGUUGUGCUGAGAAGGCGGGAUCGUGUGUCAAUUUCGUGCAAAAUACACCGGCCGCGUUCAAGGAGAGUUAUUGGCGGGUGCGUUCGCUGAAAGUUUAUCAGGAUGGGAGUAGUAAGGGUUCUGAGAGUGGUACUGGUGAGGAUGUUGGUGCUGAAAACGCUGAUGCUGAGGAUGAGGGUUCUGAUGUGGAGGUUGGUCCUGGUGCUGGUUGGGAUCCCACGGCGUUGUUCCAGGCUCGUGGUCCUAGAACUACUAUGAAUCAUCGUCGCGGACAUUACCGUGCUGGGCAUGGUCAUGCGUAA